AACACCACAGAGAUUGGGGAACUGCUCUGGAGUGUAGAAAGUGGGCUGAGGAGAAAUACACACAUUUUGACUUUUUGGGAUGGUUAGGACACAAGCCUCUUAAGAUGGACAGAUGGAUCACUUGAAAACCGUGAAGUGAAGGCACCUCAUUGGUUUGUCAAAUUGGUUGUUUCAGACAAAGUACCAAAAACUGGAUUACAGUUGCUGUCUGGGGAAGAAUUACCAGUAAGUGACAUUACUUGGCAGUUUUGAGGCGGGGAUAUAGCCUCAGUGGCAUGAAAACGAGUGCCAGUGAGGAAUGUACAUUGAUGAUCGCUCCUUGGGACUGAAGAGAGUGUAUUGACAGGCCACAGCUUCGGGAAAAGAGAACAGGUAAAAAUGGUGACCAAAUAGAGUUUCACAGUACCUUGCACGGUAAAGACGUGGCCAGCCCAGCUCUGGUGUGGGAGCGACUGCAUGCUGUUGGCCUGCCGAGGGUGAGGUGAGGCUGGCAAACUAGCAGAGAUGGAUGUGUUCGGCGGUGCCCCGCGUUUCCUGGCAUAUCCUCGCACUGUGGUGGUGCAGAGUAGCACUGACGCAGUCCUCAAGUGUCAGAUUGGCGGGGACCCUAGGCCAGCGGUCAUCUGGGAGCGAAACAACAAACAGGUUCACCCGGAGGGACGCUACCGUCUCUUUGAGGAUGGAAAUGUCUACAAUCUCAUUAUUUCAUCUGUGACCAUAGAGGACAGUGGGCAGUACAUUUGUAAAGCCAAAAACAGCAUCGGGGAAACGUACGCUGCGGCCACUCUGAAGGUGGAGGGAGAGGCCCAAGAGAUUGAGCUCCGUGAGGAGAACAAGCCCCGUUUUCUAAUCAAGCCCCUUUCCACCCGGGUGGGUCGUGGUGAAGAUGCAGUCUUCUCCUGUAAGCUGUGGGGAAACCCAAGGCCAGAGGUGGUCUGGGAGAAGGACGGGAGGAAACUGAACGAGAUCUUUGAGAGUACACAUUUCAGUGUGGGCUACCAGGACGGGGGAUGGUUCCAGCUUAAGAUCUUUAAGACACGGGCACCCGAUGGAGGAGUGUACACAUGCAAGGCCAGAAAUGAGUUUGGAGCAGGGCUGGCAGGAGCAGUGUUACUCGUAGAUGCAGGCCCAGGUCACGAGGAGGAGGGAAGCCGCAAUGGUUACACCAACAGCCACUGGAAAGGCCAGCAAGGGAAACAAAGGAGUGGUAGGCAGGUGGUCACGCGUCUUAAGGAAAAUCUACCAACAAACCAACCCAAGCAAGUGAAAAUGUUUGCAGUGACAGAAGGCAAGCAUGCCAAAUUUCGCUGCUUUGUGACUGGGAAGCCCAAACCGGAAAUAAUAUGGAGAAAAGAUGGCAGACUGAUCAUGUCCGGAAGACGGUACUUGUUAUAUGAAGACAGGGAGGGUUAUUUUACACUUAAGGUGUUGUACUGUAAGCAACAGGACAAUGGUGUUUAUGUUUGUGCUGCAUCCAACACUGCUGGACAAACCCUCAGUGCUGUACAUCUCUCUGUGAAAGAGCCUCCUGUGCGGUUUAAGCAGCCCCUCAUUGAUCUGGAGGUCUGGGAACGGGACUUGGCUGUUCUGGAGUGUGAGGUUCCGGAAGACUCUGUUCCCAUUACAUGGUAUUUGGAAGACAGGCGGCUACAGCCAGGGGCCAAAUAUGGGAUGGAACAGUGGGGAACAAAACGACGACUAACUAUUCGUGAUAUCGGAGUCGAUGACGAUGGAAUUUAUCUCUGUGAGAUGGCUGACGGGGGUAGGAGCAUUGCUGAGGUGGCAGUUAAAGGCACAAUCAUGCGUAAACUUCCACGUAAGGUGGAUGUUUUGGAGGGAGAAAAUGCUGCCUUCUGUGUUGAAGUGGAGGAGGAGGAAAUGGACAUACACUGGUACAAAGAUGGGAUGGAGUUGCGUGAGACUCAUCAGACCAUCCUGAAAUCUUUUGGGAAAACUCAUAUUCUUGUUUUUGUCAACACAACGCCCCUGGAUUCUGGCCUUGUGACCUUCUUAGUGGGAAGAUCCAAGACUUCGUCUCAGCUAAGAGUGAAAGCCGCAAGACACUGCCCACCUAGCUGUCCAGUUGGUGUCCAGAUAAACACAGAGCGUGCCAACGCUGUCUUGCUAUCCUGGGUUCCACCGCAGGAUACACGAAAGAACCCUCCAUCAGGUUACAUCUUGGAAAGGCAGGAGGUGGGUACCGGCUCUCAGGAAUGGCUGCAGUGCUUAACCACCGACUCGGCAACCUCAGUGGAGAUUCUUGGCGACAGCGUUCCCUGUGAGGCAGAUUAUCGCUUUCGCAUUUGCAGCGUCAACAAGUAUGGCAGAAGCAACAAUGUGGAGUUCCCAAGGGUAGUUCACCUGGUCCCUGUGACCAGAAUACAAGCCCCCCUACAGGAUGCCUUGGUACCAGAAGGCCAGGAUGCCUGCUUUUCCAUUGAGCUCACUGCCUCAGUUAUAGGCUCAUGGUUCUUGAAUGGCACUCAGCUUGUGGAGGACGAACGUUACUCCAUGCGACGGUCUCGAACACACCAAUCCCUACGCAUUCGAGGGGUACAAGACACAGACAACGGGGCUGAGAUCACAUUCAUUGCUUAUGGAAUACGAGAUUCAGCAGCACUUUAUAUUCAAGCUCCUCUGGUGAAGUUCACACCACUGUCAGAAAUGGAUCGUAAUAAAUUUGUUGAACUUGGCAACCCCAUAGUACUCUAUUGUGAGUUGUCCGACCCUGCAGUCCCAGUACACUGGUACAAAAAUGGGGUGGAAUUACACACAGUUGAGGGUCUUCACAUCCAGUCAGAAGGUACCAUGAGGAGAAUUGUCAUCCAAUCGGCAGAGUUUUCUCAUUCUGGAGUCUAUUGCUGUGACGCAAUUGAUGAUGUGAUAAGAUUUAACGUCGAAGUUGAGGCGCCACCUGUGAGGUUUUCAGCACUUUCAGAAGCUGAGAGGAACAAGUCCGUUGAAGCAGGCUGCUCUAUUGUACUACAAUGUGAGCUCUCAGAUCCAACUGCCCAGGUGUACUGGUACAAGGAUGGAACAAAGCUCCUACCUCAAAGUGGAAUAGAAAUCCAGUCUGAUGGAAUCAAAAGGACACUAGUUGUCCACUCUGCAGAGAUAUUCCACUCUGGGACGUACAGUUGCAAGACAAAGGGUGAUGCCAUGAAGUUCAAUGUGGACAUAAAAGCUUCCCCUGUGAGGUUCUCAACACUUCCGGAAGCAGUGAGGAACAAGUACAUUGAAGCAGGCUUCCCCAUUGUACUGCAGUGUGAGCUCUCGGACCCCACUGCCUCGGUGUACUGGUACAAGGACGGAACACGGCUCUUUUCAAAUCAAGAAAUAGAUAUCCAAUCUGAAGGCAACAUGAGGACCUUGGUUGUUCAGUCAGCGGAGCUGACUCACUCUGGCAUGUACAGAUGUACUACGAUGGAUGAUGCCAUGGAGUUUCACGUGGAAAUCAAAGAUGUUGAGAAGACCAUGUCGGUUGAAGCAGACAGGCCUUUUGAAGUCCAGUGUGAGGUUACAGACCCCACUGCCCAGGUUUUCUGGUGCAAGGAUGGGGACAAGAUCCUCCCACAGACAGAAAUGGAAAUCCAAUCUGAUGGCACCAUGAGGAGUUGCAUUGUCCAAUCACCAGAGCUCUUUGACUCAAGGCUGUACAACUGUGAGACUUCUGAUGACACUGUGGAUAUUAAAGCUCCACCUGUGAGGAUCUUACCUUCAUCAGAGGUUGUGAAGAGCCAUUCGCUUGAAGCGACCAGUCCAAUUGAACUACCCUGUGAGAUCUCAGACCCCGUUGCCCAGGUGUCACAGCAGACGGACCAAGUAGAGCUCAUCUCUGACACUGGAUCUAAUUUCAAAGUAGAGGACUCCAGGAGGAACCUGGUUGUCGAAGCGGCACACCCCUUCUUCUCUGGGGCGUAUUAUUGUGCAACAGUCGACGAUGUUGCCCCAUUAAUUGUACAGAACCCAGCAUCACCUGUGAGGAUCUCAACACCUUGUGAAGCUGAGAGGAACAAAUCUGUUGAAGUUGGCUAUCCCAUAGUGCUAUGUUGUGAGAUAUCAGACGAACAUGCCCGUGUUUUCUGGUACAAGGAUGGAACACUGCUCCUUGAAGAGAACGGAAUAGAAAUGCAGUCAAACGGUUCCAUAAGGAAAAUGGUUGUGGAAUCUGCAAGGCUGUCUGAUGCAGGGAUGUACAUCUGUAAUACAACAGAUGAUGCCUUGCAGUUUCUUGUGGAUGUCAAAGCUCCUCCUCUGAAGUUUUCAGCAAUUUCUGAAGCUGACAAGAAAAAGUACAUCAAAGCAGGCUGCCCCAUUGUAUUACAGUGUGAGGUCUCUGAUCCAACUGCCCAGGUGUACUGGUACAAGGAUGGAUCAAAGCUCCUUAAGCAAAGUGGAGUAGACAUGCUAUCAGAUGGAAUUGUGAGAACUCUAUUUAUCCAGUCAGCACAGCUUUCUCACUCUGGAGUAUACCGUUGUGAGACAAGGAAUGAUGUCCUCCAAUUCACUGUGGAAAUAGAAGCUCCUUCCGCGAGGUUUUCGGCACUUCCAGAUGCUGAAAGAAACCAGUCCAUUGAAACAGGCCGUCCAGUCCUUCUGCAAUGUGAGCUCUCAGAUCCAACUGCCCAGGUGUACUGGUACAAGGAUGGAACCAAACUCCUAUCUCAAAGUGGAAUAAAAAUCCAGUCAUAUGGGAACACCAGGACUCUAUUCAUCCAAUCAGCUGAACGAUCACAUGACGGAACAUAUGAGUGCACAACGUCAGAUGAUACCAUCGCAUUUACACUGGAGAUCAAAGAUCCAUCACAGAAGAUCCUGGAACUUCCACCAAUGGAGAGGAACAAAUCUGUAGAAGUUGGCUCUCCCAUUGUACUGCAGUGCGAGCUGUCAGACAGUACAGGCCAAGUGUGCUGGUCUAAAGAUGAUAUGAAACUAUUUACAAAAGCUGGCCUCGACAUCCAAAGUGAAGCUAAUGUGAGGAGACUAGUUGUUCACUCUGCAGAGCUGUCUGACUCUGGGCUCUACUGCUGUAGUCUUGCUGAUGAUGCCAUAACUUUCAAAGUGGACAUUCAAGCAUCCAUAGCUCCACCGGUACGGUUCUCAGCUGCCCCAGAGAUUGAGAGGAACAAGUCCAUUGAAGCAGGCUGUCCAAUUGUUCUUCACUGUGAGCUCUCAGACCCCAGUGGCCAGAUCUGCUGGUACAAGGAUGGAAUAAAGCUUCUACCCCAAUAUGGAAUAUACUUCCAAUCAGAGGGCACCAUGAGGACCUUGGUUAUCCAGUCAGCCACAUUUUCAUGCUCUGGGGUGUACAGUUGUAAAACAGCUGAUGAUAUCAGCGAAUUCUAUGUGGAUGUGAAAGCAGCUCCAGUGACGUUUCGUGAAAUCCCUAAGGAAGAACUCUUUAAAAGUGUUGUGGAACGAGAUCGUCUUUUGAUGUCCUGUGAGGUGUCCAGGGAGGACGCCACUGUCCAGUGGUACAAAGAUGGCUUUGAAAUGGCGCCCAGUGACAACGUGUCAGUGCAAGCAGACGGCACUGUUAGGAUGUUGAUAAUCCAUUCAGCCCAGCUGUCAGACUCGGGCACAUACACGUGUCGUGCCGGCGACAGCGCUUUAAUGUUCAAGGUCAGCAUACGAGAGCCACCGGUGAUGAUUGUGUUCCCUAAAGAAGAUGUCCGCCUUGACCGACAUGUGCCAGAGGAGAUCAUUCUCAGCUGUGAACUCUCACGCCUGAAUGGUCUUGUAAACUGGUUCAAGGACGGGCAAAAGCUGCAAGAAAGCGAAAACAUUAAGCUUAAGAUUGAGGGCCCUUACAGAAGACUGAAGAUUCUCUGUAGUGGAGUCGAAGACUCUGGUGAAUAUGUCUGUGACACAGCUGACGAUUCAAAGUUCUUUCAUCUUAGCAUAACUGAGCCUCCAGUGCGGAUUGUAUCUCCAAGCCAACCGCAAAUGGAGCUCUGCCAGCAAACGUCUGAGAGGAUGGUGCUGAGCUGUGAAAUAUCAAGGCCCAAUGCAAAAGUGCGCUGGUAUAGGGACGGACUUGAGGUGGAGGAAAAUGACAACCUCAUAUUAGAGGUGGAUGGGGUUUACAGGAGACUCAUUAUACCGGAGACCACGGUCAAAGAUUCAGCCGAAUAUGUGUGCGAUACAACUGAUGACAACAUGACAUUCUUUGUCAACAUUGCAGAGCCCCCCGUUCGUUUUGUACGCCCUAGAAAGAUGGCAAGUGGUGUGGAACGGUUUGUAGGAGACCGUUUGGUUCUUGACUGUGAGGUAUCCAGAUCAAAUGCUGAAGUAAGCUGGAAAAAGAAUAGGGAAGAAAUAGAAGAGAACAGCAAUGUCACCAUUAUUGAGGAUGGCGUCACGCACCAAUUAAUCAUCCACCACCUGACCCUGGAGGAUGCUGGCCAAUAUGUUUGUGAUGCUAAGGAUGAUGUAAUGGACUUUCAUGUCAAGAUGAAAGAGCCACCUGUACAGAUCCUGGGAAAGAAUGAUGCAAAUACCGAAAAGCAGUUCUUCAUAUCAGAUGACAUUGUUUUAGUAUGUGAGCUUUCGAGAGCUAACGGCACAGUCGUCUGGUACAAAAACAACAAAAUAAUUGAUGACAAUGACCGCUACUGUAGUGAGGAGCAAGGAGUUUUCCGUUCACUUGUUGUUCUGAAUGCCGAGAUUGAGGACUCUGGAGACUACACCUGUGAUGCAGGGGAUGAUAAGAUGGUGUUCUCUAUCACAGUUAAAGAGCCACCUGUGACCAUCAUAGGCAACUCAGGUAGCCCAGAGCAUCAUAGCCUGGUAGCAGGCGAUGAACUCAUCUUGGAGUGUGAGGUAUCUCGUCCUAAUGCCUUGGUCAGGUGGCUCAGGAAUGGGAAGUUACUGAGUUGUGACUCUCGCACAGGGAUUGACAGUGAAGGCACCAUUAGAAAACUGGUUGUGUCAGGACUUCAGCCUUCAGACUCUGGAGAGUACAUAUUGGAUGCCAUUGAUGACAAAAUGGUAGCCCUUGUUGAGGUCCAAGAGCCCCCACUCAAGUUUGAGAACAAACAAGCAAGAACCUUCAUAUCUGGCUAUGAAAAUGAGACUGUGACACUAUGUGCAGUGGUGAACCGGGAAGGCGCCAAGGCACGAUGGCUUAAAGAUGGCAGAUUGUUGAAUGGGGAUAAUAUUCACAUGUCCAGUGAGGGUAAAAUGCACACCCUUAGCAUCAACCCUCUGAAAACAUCAGACAGUGGAGAGUACACCUGUGACAUCCAAACAGAUGACAUGUAUUUCAUUGUCCAGGUCAAAGAAAUGAAAGUGAAAUUCUCCCGACCGCUGGAGAACGUUACAGCCCUGAAAGACAGCACUCUCACACUGCGAUGUGAAGUGAACAAACCGAAAGGAGAUGUUCAGUGGCUUAAAGAUGGCCAGGAGAUUAAGCCCAACCGUCGACAUACCAUAAGGGCGCAGGGCCGGGAGCGAAGCUUCACUAUCCACCAGCUAGCGCUGGAUGAUGCUGGGGAAUACGUCUGUGAAUCCACAGACGAUAGGACUUUUGCCAAAGUUGAUGUUGAAUUACCUCCACCAAUUGUCGAGUUUAUCGCAGAGCUACACAAUAUCACUGUACUGGAGGGGGAAGAUGCUACAUUUAAAUGUAUGGUUUCACCAGAAGACACUAAGCUAGUGUGGUGUUUGAACAGCCAGCCCAUAGCUCCAAAUGAGAGAUUCGUCAUUUCAAGUAAUGGAUUGUGCCACAUGCUGUGCAUUUACAACUGCCAGGUCUUAGACAGUGCCAAGGUGACUGCCGAGGCAGAAGGGUUGGUGUCUGAGGCAAACCUCCAGGUCCAAGAACAACAGGUGUUGUUCACCAGAACCAUGGCACCUGUUGUGGCUGAGGAAUUCGGGGAGGCUACCCUGGAAGUGGAGGUGUGCCUGGAGUCCGGAGAGGUGCAAUGGAUGAGGCAGGGUGUCGUCAUCCACCCGGGGCCAAAGUUCACCUUGAAGCAAAAUGGACAACGACGAAGCCUCACCAUCCACAAGCUCGCCCUCACUGACCGGGGCAUUUACAGCUGCGAAACGCUCCACGACCGCACGCAAGCCCAGCUUACUGUGGAACCGAGAAAAAUCUCAAUAUCAAAAGGACUCAGUGAUAUCCAAACUAUUGAGCGUGAAACAGCAUCCUUCGAGGUGGAGUUGUCUCACAGUAACGUAGCAGCCACUUGGCUAAAGGAUGGGAACCUGCUAAAAUCCAACAACCACUGGCGUAUGAGUGCAAAGGGGCGUGUCCACAGCCUCACCAUCUCCAACCUUACCUUGGACGACACAGGCACUUUUGUGUUCUCUGUAGAAAAUCUGAAAACAUCUGCUAGGCUCAUUGUUAAAGAGCCACCAGUGACAAUCAUAAAAAAACUGGAGGAUUUGAGCUUUCCAGAAGGGGCUAUGGCAUCAAUGGAUUGUGAGCUUUCAAGGCCAAAUGCAGAGGUUAAAUGGAUGAAGAAUGGGAUGAAGGUGGAGCCUCGCAAAGAUUUACGUAUUUAUGCUAUGGGAAGAAAACGCUUUUUCCAAAUACUGAGGUGUGAAGUCAGUGAUUCUGGCCGAUACACGUGUGAUGCUGGAGACUCUGGUACAUCCUGCAAUAUAGAGGUCUACGAACGUGAGCUUAUGGUACUGCAAGACCUGGAGGACCUGGAUGUUCAGGAAGACCAGAAUGCUGUGUUUGUGGUUGAGAUCUCCCUGCCGGAUGUGCCUGGAGAGUGGUUCAAAAAUGGAGUGAGAAUAACACCAACCAGCACCAUCAAGAUCCGUCAGGAAGGGACCAAGCAUUUUCUUCUGAUUUGCAAUGUGAGAGUAGAAGACUCUGGAGAGAUCAAGUUUGUCGCCAAACAUGUGGAACGCAUAGCCUUCCUGGAGGUGAAGGAGCUUCCCUUGAAUAUAACAAAACCUCUCCAGGACAAAGUGGCACUUGAAAGGACUCGUGCAAUCAUGGACUGCUCAGUGUCCAACCCGCGGUGCAGUAUCCGCUGGUACAAGGGCACCAAUGUCAUCCUACCCUCUGAGCAUUUUGAGAUUUGCAGUGAGGGCUGCUAUCGCAAACUGGUUAUUCAACAGGUGGCACUGGAAGACGAAGGAACCUAUAGUGUGCAGGUUGGAGAGCACACAUGCUCUGCAAAACUGACGGUAGAAGCCCAGUCUCUCAAAAUGGUGAGGGAACUGAAGAAUGUGAAGGUGGUAGCCCCAGAUGCGGCCUGUUUCGAAUGUGAGGUAUCAAUCCCCGUCCUCAAAGCCCCUGUGUGGAGCCUGAAGGGGGAGGUCCUGCAGCAGAGUCCCAAAGUCAGCCUGGAGAAGAUUGGUACAGUGCAUCGACUCACCUUCCGACAGACCUCCAUUGACAUGAGUGGCCUAGUUGAGUUCACGUUGGGAAAAGCCAGGAGCAGCGCCGAGCUUGAAGUCGAGACUUUAACAGGUAAUGCUUGACAGAGUUGGUAUCAGCUUCAAGCAGUAGUAACGUCAGAAUGAGAUGGAUCAAUAUGGAUCAAUACAACAAACUUGAUCAUUGUGUUCAUAUUUGGAAUGUGAUAUUGGAAUGGUAAGGGUUACAAUUCGAAAAUAUUUACGUGUCUUUACAGGAACUGUGGAUAUCUUCUCUCAAAGUUUUUUAAAAGUUACUGAAAUA